GUUUGGAGCUGGGAGCAUGCCCCAGGCCGGGCGGUGGAGGCGGCUGCAGCUGGACUCCGGGUAUCGCUGGCGGCGGCGGCUUCUCGGCCAAACAAGUGUCUGAGGCUACGGGUCCGCAGAAGCGGCGGCAGGGGCUGAGUCACUUGUGGAAAUUGUUGAUUGCCCAGACAUCUUAAUAAGAGAAAAUUAUGAACAGGUUCAUUCAGAAUCUUCUAUCUUGAAAAGUGCAUUUUAUGAAUGCUUUGAAUUCAGAAGGUGUUAACACUGAUUGGACUCACUUCCGCCACAUGAAAGACCGUAAUCUGAAACAUUUCCCUCCCUGGCAGUUGCCCAGAUGCCAGAAACUGACAUGGUCUAGUGCUUUGAAUACUAUCCUUCAACAAGAGAUACAGAGCUACCUACCUACUGUGUACAUGUAAUCUCUGAUGACAUUUACUGUAAUGGACACCUUUUCUGCAUCUAAUUUUCAGAUACAGAAUUAACACUUGGAAUCUGGAGACGCAUUUUGUACAAAUUGAAAGAUUGGACUUUCUCUUUAGUUUUCCAGAUGUAUUGUCUCAUCCACAUACUAGAAACAUCCACAGUCACUUAAACUCUAGAUACAACCAUGGAGUUAUGUGACCCAUCAAGAUAUAGGAAAAGUGUUGCCAAGUUUUGGAACCAGGCAAUUUUCUACCAGUUCAACAGUUAAACUAAUAUAUUCUCUGCUGAUGAUCAAGAAUAAAGAACUAAAUAAAGUCAUGCACAUUCUUUUGGUAAAUGGACUCUGUGGCAGUUGAAUUUUACUGUAACUGGUUACUCUGUCAUUCAAAGUCUCAACUUAAUGGACAAGUUAUGUCCUAAUGGAUAAUAAAGACCUGUGUUGAUGUAUCCAGAUUCUAGUAAAUGUUGAAGAUAAGGAAUCCAUUAUGACUAAUCCUUGGGAAGAGAAAAUCUGCGAAAUGGCUCAAACGAGUUUACUACAAGGGAAGCAGUUUUACUGUAGGGAGUGGGUUUUCCACAAGCUUCAGCACUGCCUGCAGGAGAAAACUAACUGCUGCAAUAGUGCUGUCAACACACCAUCCCUUGUAAUGAAUUCUGGGAAUAAUACUAGUGUUGUCUCUGGAAAAGGAGCUGCCUGGGGUGUGUUGUUGGUAGGAGGGCCUGGCAGUGGCAAGACAGCCCUGUGUACUGAGCUUUUGUGGCCAAGUUCACCUGCAAGCUUGCAGAGAGGCUUGCAUCGCCAAGCUUUGGCCUUUCAUUUCUGCAAAGCCCAGGACUCCGAUACUUUGUGUGUUGGAAGGUUUGUUAGAGGUCUGGUUGCCCAGAUCUGUCGCAGUGGACUACUCCAAGGAUAUGAGGACAAGCUAAGGGAUCCAGCAGUCCAGAGCCUCUUACAGCCUGGGGAAUGUGAGAGGAACCCAGCUGAAGCAUUUAAAAGAUGUGUUCUGCUCCCUCUUUUGGGAAUGAAGCCUCCCCAGCAAAGCCUGUAUCUGCUGGUCGAUUCUAUUGAUGAAGGCUGUAACAUCGCCGAAGGAGAGCAAACAUCCACCAGCUUAGCCGGGACAGUUGCCGAGCUUUUAGCUGGUCACCAUGAGUUCUUCCCACCAUGGCUAUUGCUGUUCUGUUCUGCCCGGAAGCAGAGUAAGGCUGUUACUAAAAUGUUUACCGGUUUUCGAAAAAUAAGUUUAGAUGACCUUCGGAAGGCAUAUAUUGUUAAGGAUGUUCAACAGUACAUUCUUCAUCGUUUAGAUCAAGAAGAAGCUUUGCGACAACACCUCACAAAAGAGACUGCAGAAAUGUUAAAUCAACUGCACAUUAAGAGCAGUGGAUGCUUUCUUUAUCUAGAACGAGUUCUAGAUGGAGUUGUAGAAAAUUUUAUUAUGUUAAGAGAGAUUCGUGACAUUCCUGGAACUCUAAAUGGUCUAUAUCUCUGGCUGUGUCAAAGACUUUUUGUAAGAAAACAGUUUGCAAAGGUUCAACCCAUUUUGAAUGUGAUUCUUGCAGCCUGCCGACCUUUGACCAUAACAGAAUUAUAUCAUGCAGUAUGGACCAAAAAUAUGUCAUUAACCUUGGAAGACUUUCAACGCAAGCUAGAUGUCCUCUCUAAACUUCUUGUUGAUGGACUGGGAAAUACUAAAAUACUGUUUCACUAUAGUUUUGCAGAGUGGCUUCUGGACGUGAAACACUGCACUCAGAAAUAUUUAUGUAAUGCUGCAGAAGGACACAGAAUGUUGGCUAUGAGUUAUACCUGUCAAGCCAAGAAUUUAACACCAUUGGAAGCACAAGAAUUUGCAUUGCAUUUAAUUAAUUCAAACUUGCAGUUAGAGACAGCUGAGUUAGCUCUGUGGAUGAUAUGGAAUGGUACACCUGUCAGAGACUCCCUGUCUACUUUAAUACCCAAGGAACAAGAAGUGCUACAGCUGUUAGUUAAAGCUGGUGCUCAUGUCAACAGUGAAGAUGAUCGCACAUCUUGCAUAGUCCGACAAGCUCUAGAAAGAGAGGAUUCCAUUCGGACAUUAUUAGAUAAUGGAGCAUCAGUGAAUCAGUGUGAUUCAAAUGGGAGAACAUUGUUGGCUAAUGCUGCAUACAGUGGCAAUCUUGAUGUAGUGAAUUUACUUGUCUCUAGGGGAGCAGAUUUAGAGAUAGAAGAUGCUCAUGGGCAUACACCACUUACCCUAGCUGCUAGACAAGGACAUACCAAGGUGGUUAAUUGUCUGAUUGGGUGUGGAGCAAAUAUUAAUCAUACUGACCAAGAUGGUUGGACAGCCCUGAGAUCUGCUGCUUGGGGUGGCCAUACUGAAGUAGUUUCCGCACUCCUUUAUGCUGGUGUCAAAGUGGACUGUGCAGAUGCUGAUAGCCGCACAGCUUUGAGAGCAGCAGCAUGGGGAGGACAUGAGGAUAUUGUACUGAAUUUGCUACAACAUGGUGCUGAAGUCAACAAAGCUGAUAAUGAAGGCAGAACUGCGUUGAUAGCCGCAGCAUACAUGGGACACAGAGAAAUUGUGGAACACCUACUGGACCAUGGAGCAGAAGUGAACCAUGAGGAUGUUGAUGGCAGGACUGCACUCUCAGUAGCUGCACUUUGUGUGCCUGCCAGUAAAGGGCAUGCAUCGGUUGUUAGCCUUUUAAUUGAUCGAGGCGCUGAAGUAGAUCAUUGUGAUAAAGAUGGCAUGACUCCUCUGCUGGUAGCUGCCUAUGAAGGACAUGUUGACGUGGUUGACUUGCUGCUAGAAGGCGGAGCAGAUGUAGACCACACGGAUAACAACGGUCGCACACCCCUCUUAGCAGCAGCGUCUAUGGGCCAUGCUUCUGUUGUAAACACACUUUUGUUCUGGGGUGCAGCUGUGGAUAGCAUUGAUAGUGAAGGUAGGACAGUGCUCAGCAUAGCUUCAGCCCAAGGAAAUGUUGAGGUGGUACGUACUCUGCUGGAUAGAGGGUUGGAUGAAAAUCACAGAGAUGAUGCUGGGUGGACACCUUUGCACAUGGCAGCUUUUGAAGGUCACAGAUUAAUCUGUGAAGCACUUAUUGAACAAGGUGCUAGAACAAAUGAGAUUGAUAAUGAUGGACGAAUACCUUUCAUAUUAGCUUCACAAGAAGGUCAUUAUGAUUGUGUUCAAAUAUUAUUGGAAAAUAAAUCCAACAUUGAUCAAAGAGCUUAUGAUGGAAGAAAUGCACUACGAGUUGCUGCAUUAGAAGGACACAGGGACAUUGUUGAACUACUUUUUAGUCAUGGAGCUGAUGUUAACUACAAAGAUGCUGAUGGUAGGCCUACACUUUAUAUUUUGGCCUUAGAAAACCAACUAACAAUGGCCGAGUAUUUUUUAGAAAAUGGUGCAAAUGUAGAAGCCAGUGAUGCUGAAGGAAGGACAGCACUUCAUGUUUCCUGCUGGCAAGGCCAUUUGGAAAUGGUGCAGGUUCUGAUUACCUACCAUGCUGACAUCAAUGCUGCAGACAAUGAGAAGCGAUCUGCUUUGCAGUCUGCAGCUUGGCAGGGCCAUGUAAAAGUUGUUCAGCUUCUGAUCGAGCAUGGUGCCAUAGUUGACCAUACAUGUAAUCAAGGUGCAACUGCACUCUGUAUUGCAGCCCAGGAAGGGCACAUUGAUGUGGUCCAGGUUUUAUUAGAGCAUAGUGCUGAUCCAAACCAUGCUGAUCAAUUUGGACGCACUGCUAUGCGUGUUGCCGCUAAAAACGGACAUUCUCAAAUAAUUAAAUUAUUAGAAAAGUAUGGUGCAUCUAGUUUGAAUGGCUGUUCCCCAUCACCUGUUCACACAAUGGAGCAAAAACCACUACAAUCAAUGUCUUCAAAAGUGCAGUCAUUAACAAUUAAAUCAAAUAGCUCUGGCAGCACUGGUGGAGGAGAUACACAGCCUUCAUUGCGUGGUUUACCUAACGGUCCAGCUCACGCAUUUAGUUCUCCUUCAGAAUCUCCAGAUUCCACAGUUGAUCGUCAGAAAUCAUCAUUGUCAAAUAAUUCCCUGAAAAGUUCAAAAAAUUCAUCUUUGAGAACUACUUCGUCUACAGCCACAGCUCAAACAGUGCCAAUGGAUAGCUUUCAAAAUUUGUCCUUUACAGAACAAAUUCAGCAGCAUUCAUUGCCACGCAGCAGAAGCCGACAGUCCAUUGUUUCCCCAUCUUCCACAACACAGUCCUUGGGACAGAGCCAUAAUUCACCAAGUAGUGAGUUUGAGUGGAGUCAAGUAAAGCCUAGUUUGAAGUCAACGAAAACAAAUAAAGGGGGGAAAUCAGAAAAUUCCAGCAAAUCUGGGUCAGCUGGGAAAAAAGCUAAACAAAAUAAUUCUUCACAGCCAAAGGUUUUGGAAUAUGAAAUGACUCAGUUUGAUAAAAGAGGGCCUCCAGCCAAAUCUGGGACUAGUGUACCACCUAAACAAAUGUCAGCAGAACCUCACUGCAAAAUCAUACCUUCAACUCAGCAAGAAAUCGGUCGAUCUCAACAGCAAUUUCUUAUUCACCAACAGACUGGGGAACAAAAGAAGAGAAAUGGAAUAAUGACAAAUCCAAAUUAUCAUCUGCAGAGCAACCAGGUUUUUCUUAGUAGGGUUUCUGUUCCACGAACAAUGCAAGACCGAGGGCAUCAAGAAGUAUUAGAAGGAUAUCCUUCCUCAGAGACGGAAUUGAGCCUUAAACAAGCUCUGAAGCUUCAGAUUGAAGGUUCUGACCCUAGCUUCAAUUAUAAAAAGGAAACUCCAUUAUAAAAGUUUCCUAUUCUGUGAAACAGAAGACAUUGUGAUUGGAGUUGUUCUUCAGCUACUGGAUGAAAACAUAAUAUGCCUGUUGAUUUGCUGAAAAAAAAAUGAAGAAUGUGAUAUCUACAGUACAGUUACCUUAAUUACUGUAAUGUGCCUAAAUAGUAAGGCUGCCUUCUCAAUGUAACCUUCUGUGCUUAAAAUUUUCAUUUCAUGUGCUUUGUAUUCACUACAAAAGAAUAAGCACUUUUAAAAAAAAUGCAAUUAUAUACUGCAGUUCCCUGAUAAAAACUGAAAAGAAUUUAAAGUGUUUUAAGUUAAGAUUUGAUAAAUAUGCAUGUGCCAUGAUCAAGUAUAUAAGAAAGGCAGUGUUCCUUGUAUUUAUUUUUUUCUUUUUUGUGGCAAAUGAAACUUAAGCAUCUGUUUCAGUCACAUUUGCAUUGUUGUAGUGUAUGGCUUGUUUCUUGUAUCUUUAAAAAUGUUGCUCAAUAAAAUAAAUAAUGCAACUAUUUCAUGUUCACUACACCUUCAGCAUUGGUUAAAAAUGAGUUUCUAAUUAAUGCCACAUUGAGGUAAAAGGUUUCUUGACAGAUUUUUAAAAAGUAAAUAAUUUUAGUAUUUUAGGCAGCUGCUCUAAGUAGUUUAAAGUUGGAUUUCCUAUCAGAAUCCUAAUCUCUGACUAAAGGUGUAAAAAAAAAAAAAGGCAGCAGCAGCCCAGACUAUAGGCAGAACAAAGUUCUGUUUCAUUGACUGGGAUGCAGUUUCAUCUUCCACUCCUUUAUCGUUCCACCUCCAAGAAGACAGACUAUCAUUCCUGAGGCAUGAAAAUUCUCAGGGACAAGCCAUGCCUCACUGGCAUGUGUAAGUAGAGGAAAAUGCAUCUAUCUGAGGGUAGAUUGUUUAUCCCUGAACAAUUAAUUGACUAUGCUUAUCUCAUUCACCCAGUUAAAUAAAAUGUAAUUUACCAGUGGAAAUGUUAAUGCUGGCUUCUCUUUCAGUUGCUUUGAUUCUGUAAAUCACUGCAUCACCAAAUUAGCCCCCACUCAAAAUUAAUUGUAUCAGUUUUAAUGGAUGAAUAUUCUUGGUGAAUGUAAUAUGUGCUGUCCUUCACAGAUGAUGCCACUAACCUGUCAGUCAUAGCACAUGUGUAUUUUUUAAUUGGUAUUUGAUAAAGAAUAGUGAUGGAUUUUCACUUUUCUGUCCACAUACUCUUUCCUGUUUUCUUCUUUGGAUAGUAGAUCACAUGACUGGAUGCCAGGGUUAAGGGUGAAGCCUUUGACUAAGGAAAGCAAAGCUGACUGACUCAAAUGACCCACAGCCUUGGUCUGAAUAGAUCCUAAACAAGUGGAGUUAGUUUAGAUGGUCUGUGUGGAUGUCAGGUAAGAUUAAAAUUUAAUGUUCAGGAUCCAAGGCUGUGGGUUUGAUCUUUGAAUAGCCCUGAGAAUGUUACAAAACCCAGAAAUUCUAUUCUUUCCAUGUGUCGUUGAUAAAAGGAGGAAUGAGGAAAGAGAAUUUGGAGAUUCAGCACAAAACCAUUGCUACUGCCAAAAAAAAUCUUUAGCAACUGUCUUAGUAACAGAGGUCAAUAAUGUCAUCGUCAUAUAUGAAGGACAUAUAUAUAUGAUGCAUUAAUCACAGAACUAGAAGUGUGUGAUUGGAUGUGAUAAAUGUACCACUUGAGUUUCCAUGUAAGACUUUAUUUUUGCUUUUGUUUUUUAAAGUCAGCAAAAUACAUUUUUUUUUUGUCAUCAAUAAGUCACAAUCAGGAAUAGGAGAUAAGUUAAUAAGUUCAAUUGAUAUUAAGGUGACAUGGCAAUACUGAUAACUCUAAUGUGAAUGUUUCAAGUACUGAAUUUUUGUCCCUAUGGGACAUUUAUUAAAUACACUUAAUGGAACUCUUGCAAUGUAGCCUUAAAAGUAUUAAUGAUUCUAUUAAUAAAUAUGAACACAUACUAUCAUUAGAACCGAUGUUACUCAUAUCUCAAAUACAGUACAUUUACAUUACUGUAGAAGAUGAAGCUCUAAUUUCUUACUAGGUGUAUUUUUCUUUAGAAAGAACUCUGAAAGCCUCCAGUUUUUCUAUUGACCUUGAAUUAUUGGAAUUGUAUUUAUUUAAUUUUAUUGUUUUUUACAAAAACGCACCUUGUGGCCAAAGGGCAAAGAUAAUGACUCAUUACAUAGGGGAUUUAUGUUUUUCAAAGAGCUAAAUGUUUUCAUAUCCACAUUAUAUACACUUGAAACAGUAGGAAGAGAACUUGUGAGAAAAAUAUUAUUUUCAAAAUAAGCAUUCCCUUGGAUGCUUUUAUAUUAUGUUUUGGAGUAGGACAAAAAUGGCUUUUAGUUAGGAUAAGGAUGGUUAGAGUGCUGGAGAUGCCCUGCUUUGACUUUGUGUGGAGGAUUUAAUACCAUGAGUGAAAAUGGCUUUUGCUCCAUUAAAAAAGUAAAAAAGUCUCCCAAAUAUAAAACUCCUAGAUAGCUAUUUUAAAAACUCAAAUGUUUAAAUUUUAUAAAUCAGCUAAUGCCACAACAUACCUAUGAUGUCAUGUGCUCAUAACACUUUUAUAACAUUCCAUCUGUGCCCAUUCCCUAAAAGUCAUGAGUUGAUAAGAAGGGAAAUGAUAGAAAAUACAGUCAUGAAAAACAAAAAUCUGAAUGUAAGAAAGGUUUUAGAAGGAAAACUUACCAGAACUCAGUGAGUACUGCAGAGGAUAGCCAGUAUCUUUUGUCCCUCACCCUCAUCCCCAUCCCUACUGGAAUCCUCACCAAAAACAGUUCACUACUUGAAAAACAGUCAAUACUUUUCUCAAUAUUGUUUGGCUAUUCAGAUAUUUGUUUUGCUUUUUAAUUUCCUCCAUUUAUACUUCUCAGCAAAUGUAGCUGCAGACAAAUACUUUCUUUUUAUUUUUCCCUUGGUUUGGGGUGUGUAAAUAGCCUAAAAUGUACAUUGAAUUUCACAUUGUAAAAGUUUUAUUUUAUUCCUUGUAUUAUAUUAAGCAAAAAUCCCUAUGUAUAUGAAAGUGCAUAAUAAAUAUAUUUGCUUUACAGAG